AUGGCCCACACCAAGGUGAGCGACUGCGCCGUCUCAGCACUACGAGCCGCCCCAUGGCUCCUGACCGUCAGCUGGCUGCUGUUGGUGGGCGGCAGUGGGGCCAACAUAACGGAGCCGGCGUCUCUCAGCGUGGUCAGCAUGCACACUGGGGACCAGCCGCUCUUCACAAGCCUGGUCGUGCACACCCCUGGAGCGGAGGGCUCCGCAGUAGUUGGCAGCCCUGACGAGCUGCAGCACGUGUCGCAGACGCAGCACUGGCCUUACUCUGCCAGUCUGAGUCCGACGCAGGUCGUGGGGAGCACACCCCCGCCAAUCAGCAGCUUGCUACUGACGCGAGGGAACGCCCUGUUCUUCCUUAACGACGUCGACGGCUCGUCCAGCCCGAGCGACCAGCUGCAGGCUCCAGCCGAGGUCGGCAGCGCCAGUGCUGGCCGUGACGCUUUCGACCACGCCAAGGCUCUGGGGAACAGCGACACUUUCCACCAGAGUGACGCCAUGCCUGCAACGACACCCAUGGCCACUACACCACCCCCAGCGCCUUCACUUACCUCACCGCCUGCGUCUCCUCUUCAGAGCAUGCCAUACCGACAGCAGCUGCAGAAGCCUCACAGCUGGCCUCCACAACCAGUGGCACCCCAGCAGCACCGCGAACAACAGCAGCUGCAGCUGCAGAGCUCCAGCUCUAGGCCGCGACAGCCACAAGCCUCCCAGUCCACAGAGCAGCAGCAGCAGCUGCAGCUGCAGCAGCUGAAGAAUCCCCACAGCCCUCCAAGGGAAUCACCGCAGACACAGUCCACAGGACAGCAGCUGCAGGGCCAGAAGCUGCGUGUCAAGCAGAAGCACCGUAGCAACAGACAUCGACACAACAAGCAACGCCCAGCAUCCACUGACCACUCCUCCAUGUCUUCUGGGACAGACUUUGCAAACGGCUCAGGAGGUGCCAGGGUGCCGCCACCGCCCACCUUGCCGCAGCUGGGCGGCCGCUGGGACGUGUCCACGCAGCAGCUGUCCACGCAGCAGCUGGCCCCACAGCUGGGGGCACCCGCAGGCUCCUUCGUAGCGCAGCUGCCACUCGCACCGGGCGGCGGCCCGGACGCCGCAACUGUGCCGGCGCUGGUGAUUCCCAUAACGGCACUCCAGGCAGCGGCCUCCCCGUCACUGCUGCUCCAGCAGCUGCAGCAGCAGCAGCAACAGCAGCUGCCGUGGGGGCAGCAGCUGCAGCCCCUGGCUAUAGCUGGACAGCAUGCACUGCCGUUGCUGAGCUAUUUUCCCCAGUCGAACUCUGGAUUACACUUCCCGAGUGCAGCACCAGUCGCACCUUUGGGCAAUAAUCUGAAAAGUCCGGAGGGAGAACGGCCUCUGGUCACGGGCAGUCCUCAGCCUCCUCAAGAGCGGAAACAGCCCAAACAGCAGCAACGACAACACCAGCGGCAGCAGCAUCAACAGCGGCAGCAUCAACAGCAACAGGCUAACUACAGCGAGAACACGCAGAGAAUCCAGCAGAUCCCCGCACAGGAAGAGCGGCUGGUAACAGCGGCUCCACAGUUCGCGUCUUCGCCUUACCUGUCCAGCUCCAGCGGACUCCAGACGCGGCCACCUGUCGCCGUCGCCGUCGCCCAGGCACAAACCCGGACCCCCCAGCCGUAUCACCAGGCCGCAGCACAGCACGCCACAGCCGAGGCGCCGCACCAUUCAGUCAGGGAGCCACCCGCCUACCCCCACCACGAGUACCAGCACCAACAGCCGGCCCUGGGUCCACAGCAUCAGUCGCCGGUGAGCACCAUCCUCACAGCUCCUGCUCAUGCCGCUGCCUACAGCCCAGCAGUCAGCUCCGUCACCACAGCACCUGUUCAUCCCGAGCACACCUACCUACAGACGGUGGCUGCCGCUGCACUACAACAACAGCAGCCAGGUGUGGUUCCUCAGACCCUGCACGAACAGCUGUACCACGACAGCCCAUUGCACAGUGGAGUAGUUGUCUUCCCACAAGAGGCCAGGCAGCAGCUUUACCAGCAGGUUACCACUCCAGUGCCGCCUAUAUCGAGGCCAAAUCCCCAUCACCAUGGCCCGCUCCACAACGGCGCUAUUCUCGUGUCACACGUCCCUAGACAACACGAACACCAGCAAAGUCAAGUGUACUACAAUGGUGGUAUACUGCUACCAGAAGUCUUGAGGAAAUACUUGUAUCCCAACCAGGUCAACAGUAUUGCUCCUCUACACAUAAAUUCACCCAGAGAUCACUACCACCAGCAGAAUCUAGUACAGCACGGUGCUAAUCUGGGACAGAUUCAGCUGAGACAACAGCCCUACCAUCACAUUCAAGUACAGGGCAGUGCUACGCAGUUAUCAGAUGUGCCGAGACAGCAACCAUAUCAGCAGGGAAAUGUUCACCACAUUGCUACUCUGGGAUCAGAUAUACUGCGACUGCAACCACAUCAACAAGGUCCUUUAAACAAUGGCGCUGCUACGAGGCAGCAUCCACAGCAGUUGAGUCCAGUCAACAGUGGCAUGCGGCCUACUGUCCCCAACAGCGCUGCAGCCUCCAGUGGAAGAGUAGUCGUCUCAGUGGAACCGGCAAUAGUCAAGUCACUGUCCUAUCAGCAAACAGCAGUAGUUCCAGAACAAAAGCCACCACUACACAGUUCUGGCACUUCAUCAUCAGUCUACCAAUCGCCUGGUGGUCAACAUAUACAAAUGAUCACUGCAGUGCCGUCUCAGUCAACAAUUCUACUACCAGUAUCAUCAAACGUCCACCACACUUCUCCACAUCUUGCGACAACAUACGUGCGUCCCCUACAAACGAGCAACAACGUGGUCCAGGAACCUCAACACAUGAUGAGUGACAAUGGUUUCAGGAUCAGCCAUGACAAACACGCUGCAAUACGGGGCUAUACUGGAGCGUCUCCGGUGAGUGUCAUCUACAGAAGCAGCAUCGGUGUGACGUCACCCAACAACAGGGCGCCACACAGGGAUGGAGCUGGAAGACCACAGAGGCACAACAAUGACCUGCAGACACCAGUCGAGGUUGACCUCAGACCUCCACCACCUGUAGUGCUGUGAGAGUAUCGGUUAAGGACCGUAUAGUAGUAGCUCCUAGAGCUAUCGCUACACAAACUGACUGUAUUUUCAGUUCACUUUGUCCUGCAUACGGAUAAUGACACCAGUUUUCCGCGAAUUCCGAAACCAGGAAAGUCUAUACCAUUCAUAUAUUUAUUCCAUCCAGAAUCUCUGUUAUAAAUGUCAGAAAUUUGCACAUGUAAAAUUUCGUCAAUUCUACAUAAGCGACAAGAAGCAGCAAAUGACACUCUUAGUUCGCAUUAAAUGAAGACUGCAAGACAUCGAAGUGUCAGAGUGCCGAACAAUAUUCUUGUCUCUAGUCAAACUGUCUCUGUAGCUUGGUUUCCCUUUCCUGAUUUUAGUAAUUUAUCUGCUAUGUUGUAUU